AAAACGUCAAAAAUGUGGAUGCUGUGUCCUAUUAAACAUUUUUAGUUGUAAAAAUUGUAUUAGAUUGUUGACAUCAAUCUAAUAAUGGCAUCUUCAACGCAAGAUGCUUGUUAUUUGGCGUUACUUGCAUUGGCUGAAGAAUUUCGUACUAUGAAUCCUCCGAACAUUCCAAACUGUAUACAGUGUUUAAUUGCAAUUUUUAAUUUGAAACCACCACCUAAAGCUGAAGCUCGGACAAAUUUACAACUUGGAAAUAUACUUCUUCAACAUACAAAGAAUACAGAUCUUGCCCAAUCUCAUUUGGAAAAAGCGUGGUUUCUAUCUCAAAGUAUAACUGGAUUUGAUGAUGUCAAAUUUGAAGCAGCAAGUGUUGUAGCUGAUUUGUAUGAAAAAAAGAACCAGAUGCAAAUGGCAAAACAAGUGCUAGGAAAGGCUGUUGAAAUCUCUCAGCAAUCAGCAUUUUGGCACUGUCGUCUAUUGUUUCAACUUGCGCACCUUCAUGCAAGUGAAAAAGAGUAUGCUGCAGCUUGUAAUGUGCUUGGAGUGGGAGCGGAAUAUGCUCAUAUAUCUGGAGCACAGUACACACGAAUACUUUUUCUUCUGAGUAAAGGAAUGUUAUUGAUGAUUGAUCGAAAACUCCAAGAAGUACAUCAGGUGCUCACACUAGCUGGGCAGUUAGUAGAAGCUUGGCAGGGGAGCACAGCUCAAAAGGAGGCAUUGAAAGUUUUCUUUCUUGUUUUGCAAGUUUGUCAUUAUUUAACUGCUGGGCAGGUUAAAAGUGUAAAGCCCUGUUUAAAACAGCUCCAACAAGGAAUACAAACUAUUACAUCUUUGCAUGCAGAUGAAGAAGUAAUACCUACAAAUCCCGGUGACAUGUUUCAGUGGAUGCCCAAAGAACAUAUGUGUGUUUUAGUCUAUUUGGUUACUGUUCUACAUUCUAUGCAAGCUGGUUAUAUGGAUAAAGCCCAAAAGUAUACAGAUAAGGCUUUGAUGCAAAUUGAAAAGUUGAAAAUGAUUGACAGUCAUCCAAUUCUACAUUCAUUUCAAUUGCUACUUCUUGAACAUAUAGCUAUGUGUCGUCUUGUCAUGGGAAAUAAAACUUUAGCAAUACAAGAGGCUUCUCAUGCUCUUAAUAUUUGUCGGCAAGAGCCUAGGCUUUUUGUUCGGCAUAGGCCCCAAAUCAAUGCUCUUCUGGGUUUGUAUGCCAUGUCCAUGAACUGUAUGGAAGCUGCUGAAGCACAGUUUUCAACUGUUGUUAGGAGCAAUGCUACCAGUGAGCUACGUAUAUUAGCAAGUUUGAACUUGGCUAUUGUUUAUUUAAGAAGCAAAAGGGACCAUGAGCUGGGUGAAUUGUUAGCUCGCUUAAAUCCUGAAACUCUUAAUCUGGUAUCCCAUAGCUUAAGAGCUGCUGCUUAUUAUGUACAUGGGUUGAAUGCAUUUUUUCAAGCUAGAUAUAAUGAUGCAAAGCGGUAUUUGAGAGAAACCUUAAAAAUGGCUAAUGCAGAAGACCUAAAUCGUCUUACAUCCUGUUCACUGGUUCUGCUUGGCCAUAUAUUUUUCUCUCUUGGUAAUAGUAGGGAAAGUAUGAAUAUGGUUACCCCUGCCAUGCAGCUUGCUAGCAAGAUCCCAGAUGUACAUGUGCAAUUAUGGGCUUCAGCUCUAUUGAAAGAUCUUUAUCGUCUCUGCAAUGAUCCAUUAAGAGAGCAGGAAGCUAUUCAAACUCACAGUAAUUUCUCACAACUUCUGUUAAAAGAUCAUUUUCAAGCUUCUCAACUUCCAGAGCAUAGUCUAAUACAGUGGGUUGAAGGUGAUCCUCCACUCAUGCCUGUGCAGUCUCAAACACCUGCAACAUCUCUUCUAUAA